AUGGCGUUGAAUGCUACAACUCACCCCAUAGCCUCAGUCCGCAAGGAGCUAGAACUCGAUGAACCCUUUUCUCUCCCCAAAUCCCGCUCUCAGAACGACAUCGUAAAAGUCUCACUCGCACACUAUGGGAGGUUGGCAACAAAACGGGGCUCCAUGUGCACCAACCCCCUCGAGACGCCAGAAGAGCAACACCUCAGGACCAAGGAGUCUCUGAAAGUUCCCAUCUUCGGAGCCCUCAUUGAAAAAGAGGGUAAAAGCUACCUCUGGGAUCUAGGCAUCACAAAGGAUUAUAAAUACUUUUCAGGUCUGCUCAAGGCGUUCCUCGACGAUGUGUUUACGCCCGUCGAUCUAGUUCCCACCAGUUUCGCGCCUCGUCUAGUUGAUGAAGCGGGGAAGGGCCCCAUCGACGCCAUCUUCGUCUCUCAUGCCCACUCUGAUCACUUUGGAGACCCGACUGCGUUCCCUGGCGACGUGCCCAUUAUUUACGGUCCAGGAACCGCCGCUUGGGUGCAAAGCGGCGCCCCCAAUGUUCAACUCCCUCGGGAAUACCUCCAACAACAUCCGAUCCUGGAGGUUGGAACUGGCGCCUUGGGCAACGGUAAGAGAUGGCAAAGGAUUGGACCGUUUGAUAAAGGUUGGGACUUUUUCGGCGAUGGGUCUCUUUGGCUUAUUCAGGCUCCCGGGCAUUGCUUGGGCUGUCAGGUCGCCCUGUGUCGCGUCACUGCAUCACCAGACACUUAUAUCUUGCUUGCCGGGGACGCAGCUCAUAGCCAAAGCCAUUACGCCCCCGUCAUGGCUGGGGGCACGUAUGGGUUGCUCGGUAAGAUAAGGCUUCCAGGAGAACCAGAAGAUGUUCCAGCUUCGCACUACGCGUAUGACGAUUCAGAUGCCGCUUAUGAAACCAUCAGCAAGCUCAUCAGGCUGAACCGACUGGGAAACGUCAUGACGGUUGCUGCUCAUGAAUAUGAGAUGGAAGCCGUCUUGGGGAUGGAGCCGGGCGAUUUAAGCAAGCCACUUACUCACUGGAAAGCGACCGGGCUAAAAGAGAAGAAGGCUAGACUUCAUCUACUUCCUCAGAGAAUACCUCGCGCGGGUUUGUUGUGA